AUGCUAAAUAACAUAUGUCAUCAGUCAUGUCACUAUAUAUUUUGUCAACGAUAUAUAAUUGAAAAGUCGUUCGUGGUGGUUGUGUGAAUUUCUUUUGUCUUGUGGUAGCAGAUGUUGUGUGGUUUUAUUACUUGUAUCAAUAUUGAGCAUUGCUUCAAUGCCAUGCGUCCCAACCAAAUACAAAGGAGCCGGUUCCGAUCAUCCUAACGCAUGGCAAGAAUGGCUGCGUCUAGUACCGAGAUCGAAGACUUUUUGAAUGGGCCUCUAGUUUCGUGGAUAAAAUCAUGCAUACCCAAUCCAGAAGUAAUCACCGAAUAUGCAUCUCUGUUCAAUGGAGAAAUAUUGCAUCAAGUUUAUCUCCAGAUAGAUCCAGAGCCUUCCUCUCACAUAACAAAGCUAGCUGGCCUGGAAGACCAGGCAUUGGUCUUAGGUAGGGUAAAGAAUUUUGAUGCAAUCAUUAAAAAUGUGAAAAGUCUGUAUGAGGAGGAACUGGGUAUGACACUGCUUGUGGUGCCAGAAUGUAUCUGCUUGGGUAAGGCACCUGAAUCUAGAGAAGGUUUGGAGAAUAUGAAGCUGUUAAUAUUGUUGCUCCUUGGAGCAGCGGUGCAGUGCCCUAAUAAGGAGUUGUUUAUCACCCGAAUAAAGGAGCUGGAUUUGGAACUGCAGCACAAUAUUGUAGAGUGCAUCAAACAGGUUACAGAUAUGCAAACUGUGGUAUUAACACCAGACGCUAUAGACCUAUUUCAAUCACCGACUAUGUUUAAUCAUAUGCGACGCUUAGCGAAAGAACGGGAUCAUUAUCUGCAAAAUUGGGCUUCCUUGGUCCUUCAUGAAGGCCUUUGUGAAAACGAAAAUGAAAAUAAAAACGGAAAAAAUCGGUCUACGCAGAAUGUCAAUCAAAAUAACGGCGAUAGUCAACAUUUAGCUGUAGAAUUAGCAGAUUGGAAAGCACGGCUACGAAAGCAAAGACAAGAAUUAGAAGAAAAAUCAGAACAAUUGUCCGAAUGCCGCGAAGAAUUGGAGCACACGAAACAAGUGUUGACGAAAUUACGAGCCGAUAGUCAGGAAUGGUUUAAUGAAGCAAGAAAAGCCUCCGGAUAUAGAGAUGAAGUUGAUGCACUUAGAGAAAGGGCUGAACGUUGCGACAGACUAGAACAAGAAAUUCAGCGUUAUCGUGAUAGACUCGCAGAUGCUGAAUAUUAUAAAACCCGUGUGUCGGAAUUGCGUGAAGAUAAUAAAGCUCUAAUGGAAACAAGAGAUGCAUUAGAGGAACAAUUACAAAGAGCAAGAAAGAGAGCCGAUCAGUGUCUUACUUUAGAGGCAGCCAUGAUAAAAUUAAAGAGGGAAGCAAAUGAUUUCGCAUUGGAAAGAGAUGCUGAUCAACGAAAGAUCCAAGAGCUUAUCGAAGAAAAUAAUCACCUCCAGUACAUAACUAAAUCAAUUCUCAGUGAAAGUAAUAAUAGUAAUCUAGAUACAGACAACGAGUGUGAGAGCACUUUGGAAUCAGGAGAAAAUAGUUUAUCAGAGCAAUUGACCAGUAAUGCUCAAGCAAGGGCGUUAAAACUCGAAUUAGAAAACAAAAGACUUCUAUCGACAAUAGAUAACUUAAGAGAGCAAUCAUUCUUAGAAAGUAGUGAUAAGGUAUUAGAUUUGGAAAAGGAAAAGAAACGAUUAACCCUUAAAUGCGAGCAGUUGCAAGAAAAUUAUAAUAGAAUGGUACAACAAAAUUCUGAAUUAGAAGAAGUAUUUAAAAAUGCAUUAGAAGAAAAUAGAAAGUUACAAGACUCUCUAGAUAGUCAAAAAGCUUUUAUAGACAGACAAGCCAUAGACAGAGAUUCAGAAAAGACUAAAUUACAGGACUUUGAGAGACAUUUAGAAUCGUUGACUAAAGAUAAGCAGCGAAUUCAAAUGUUAUGUGACUCAAUACAAAGAAGAGCUGAUGACCUCGAAAAAUCUUUAGAUGCGAGAACAAAAGAACUUAAUUUAGUUAAACCUGAAGCUGACAAAGUUACAAGCUUAAUAAUACAAACAGAAGAACUAAAAACAAAAUUAAAAUAUAGUGAAAGGGAUACCCAUAAUCUUCAAAAAGAAGUAAAUAAGUUAAGGGAAGUCGUGGAAGAGAAAGACGUCAACUUAGAUAAAAUAAGUACAGAGAUCGAGCUAAAAAAAAAAGAGAUAGAGAGAUUAACAAGAGAAUUAGAAGCUAAUCAAAAUAUAACUAACCGAUUCCAGGAUUUAGAACAAAAGACACAGGAACUAAAAUCACAAAAGAAAGUUGACACGGAAACUAUACAGACUCUUCAAAAAGAUUUAAUAUUGGAGAAAGUUAAUUUUGACAAAGUACGAAAUUGUAUGGAAAAGCUCGGAAUUAACGCAUCCGACAUAAUUAACAAAGAAGUAAAUGUAGAGGAUUUGUUAGAAAAAAUCAUAACUAACACUGAUUAUGAAGCAUUAAUCUCUGAAAUUGCAGCUAAAGCAAAUUUACUGAAAUUGCUUUCGUGUGAUUGCAAGCAUGAACAAGAUAAUAUAAAUAACGAAGCUGUAGUCAAUCCACAAAUUGAACAACUGACUGCUGAUCUUGCAUCAUUGCAAGUAUCGUUAGAAAACUCUCAAGCUGAAAAUGCCAAACUUCAAGUCAAUUUAGCUACUUUGAAUUCACAAAAUGGUUCAUUAAUUUCACAACAGAUGACUCUCCAGCUUGCCAAUAGCCAGUUAGCAGCUGAAAAAGAAGAAAUUAUAAAACAAUUAGACGUUAUAAAAGACAAGCAAGACAAUCUUUUAAGAGACCAAGUAGCGUUGCAAACUUUACACGAAAAUUUGAACACUGAAUAUGAAACACUGCUACGUGAAAGAGAACCCACCAAGGCAACUAUUAGAGACUUAAAGCUCGAAAACAGGGAAUUAAAAGAAAAAAUCUCCAACUAUGAAAAGAAAGUAGCGGAAUUUGAAAGAGAGCGUGAAAACCUCAAAAUCGAGUCAAGAAAUUUAACGAAUCUUAGAGCUGAACAUUCCAAAUUAAAGGAUGAUUUUAGAAACCUCUUUACUGCCAGUGAUAGACUGAAAAAUGAGUAUAGGAAUAUGCAAGAAGAAUAUCGAAACAUUCGCAGUGAAUUACAACAACAAAAGUUACGUAGCACGGAAAUAUCCGGAGAAAUCAAUACUAAGGCCGAAAUAAUUACAAGUUUAGAGUUAGAAAUAAAUAAAACUAAUCAGCAUUGUGAGAUGUUGAUUCAGAUGAACAAAAGUUUGGAUGCUGAUAGGCGUUCUUUGAUGGACCAUGUGUCACAAUUGCUCACUCAAUAUCACGAGUUACUGGCCCACUCCUUGAAAGAUAAACAACAUUAUCAUGAGGAAGAAAAAAUGUUUGCAGACAAAGUAAAUGCUUUGUGUCGCCAGAAAGAAAAAUUGGAAGAAAAGAUUAUGGAGCAUUAUAAAAAGUUAGAUAAUUGUACGCCGAAAAGACGAGGGUUUGGCGCUUCCUUUGUUAAAAGGGUUCGCAAAGCCGGCACCGACCUAAUAAAUAAAGUGCCUUCCAGAAACAAUAAACGCAUAGAAGACGCAAGUCGUUCUAAAUCCCAGCUUACUCUUGCUGGCUCAGAAUCUGGUGAGUCCGAUCCAGGUACACAAGAGUUAGAGAAGCUAUCUAAAAACUCCGAUCAAGACCAAGGUUCAUCUAAUCCAAGCGUGGAAUCGCCUAGGCAUAGUUCAGAUUCCAAUUUUAGUAGACGAUUUGAAGACAAAAUGUUGAAAAAGUCUGAUAAUUUCGAUGGUACGGGAUCUAUACCUAGUCUUGAUUCGGCAAGGUUAUCCAGUGAAAAUAAUUUUGCGAGAAGGCUUUCUACCACGUCGAUACACAGUGGAGGUGGAGAUGACGCUUUAAUUCGAGCCUCAUUGAGAAGACGACCGCACAAGGCAGUGCCGCAGUCGCACCGAAAUAGCUAUCAAGGUUUUGAAGGCGACUCUGGUUUACCACCAGUAUCAACAGCUUCUCCGGUAUUUGGAACGGCGGGUACUCGGCGUACCGUUUACGUAGCAGAUGACGACCCCAACAUCACUCUUAACACAAAACCUCAAAGCACACCAAUUAAAGAAAACCCUACAUAUCUAGUGUAUAAUAGAAUAUCUACAGUGAUUGGUGAUGGGGCUUGCCAAAGUAUUAACGACAGACCAACCUCCGAACAACACGGACCGUUGUCCGAACAGUCUCGUACCCUUGACGAACCCUUACAAGAAAGAGAAGACAUCAGGCACGACAGAAGGUCUGCCAACCGCACAGAAAAGGCAGACAACUCCAAGGAGUCUGCGAUUUGGUAUGAGUAUGGUUGUGUAUAAUUGUGUUUUUUAAUCCAUGGAAGUGUUGGAAACAUUUAAAGGUAUAAGUAUUAAGUACCUUGCAUUUUAUUUGUUCUAUCGUAAAUAAGUCUUAAUUAAAUUGUGCAGUUGGUAUUACACAUUUGGUUAGUAUUGGCAUUUUUGUGAUUAUAUUUACAGGCAGUAUUAGUUUGGCAUUUAAGUUUGUUUAAAAAGUGUGUAAAAUAAAAUAUCGAAAAUAAUGACAUUUAUAAUAAUUACCGACGCGUAUGUUGACCUUGUAGAGUAAUGAUGCAACGAAUUUUAUUAUUUGUAUUCGGCGAAUAACGACCCUUAAUUUUCCGGCAUUAGUCUACUACUUUAUGAAGUUGAAUAUGGUGCACAUAUACACCUCGUUUUAUCACAUGGGUAAUCAUGACAUUUCUCGUUGACAAGCGGCAUUUUUUAUUAAACAAGUAUAAUAUUUUGUUCCUAUACUUAAGUCACAAAAAGUAAAUUUAUUAGUAUUUGUAUUUGUUGCAUCAAUAAUAUAAAGCAUGUACUCUCGUCUUUUGAGGCUAUCAUAAAAUUGUAAAUAAUCUUAAUAUAACAUUAUAAACAUAAACAUACAUAUUUUUUUAGUUUAUAUUUAACAUCCAUUAAAAGUGGUGUAGGUUUAAGUUGUGCAAUUAAAUUUGUUUAUCCAGUGAUAGUAUGGCAACUGGUUGAAUUUAAUUUCUAGGGAAGCUUAAGAAGUAAUAGCAUAAUUACGUUUUGCGUACAAACUUUAAUAUUAUUUUAAGAUACAUAUAAUUUUCUUUAUGAUUUGACGUACAUAACUUUUUAAUAAUUAUUAUAUCAUGUCUUUAAAAUUGUGUAUUGUGUUUCUGUUGCGCAUUUUUUAUGAUAAAAAUUUACGUUCAGUACAAAUGCA